GAAGCCGCGUUGAUGUUUACUGAUGACGUUUGGGCUGAAGCUAUUGAGAGAUGUGGCUAACGCUAGUUAACGGGAUGAAUUUGUUACCUUAACUAAACGUUGAAUUCAAGAAAUAGCUACAGGAUACAAGCGGGAGUCAAGACAGGGACAAGAUGUUGGAGUCCUAUGUCACACCGCUCCUGAUGAGCUAUGUGAACAAGUAUAUCAAGAAUCUGAAGCCAUCUGACCUUCAGCUGUCUCUCUGGGGAGGAGAUGUGGUGCUCAGUAAGUUGGACCUGAAGCUGGAUGUGCUGGAACAGGAGCUGAAGCUGCCCUUUACAUUCAUGAGCGGUCAUAUCCAUGAGCUGCGUAUCCAUGUACCGUGGACCAAGCUGGGCUCGGAGCCCGUAGUCAUCACCAUCAACACCAUGGAGUGCAUCCUCAAGCUGAGAGAUGGAGCUCAGGACGACCACGAGAGUGGCUCCAGCUCCACCAGUCGCAGUGUGUCAGACAGCUCCAAGGCUGUGGCCAAGCCCCGCCGCCUCCAGCAGGCUGCCCCCAGCGACCCGGACCUGCCCCCAGGUUAUGUGCAGAGUCUGAUCAGGCGUGUGGUGAACAAUGUCAAUAUUGUGGUGAACAACCUGAUCCUGAAGUAUGUGGAAGAUGACAUUGUGCUGUCGGUCAACAUUACCUCAGCAGAGUGCUACACUGUGGACGAUAUAUGGGAGAGGGCCUUCAUGGACAUCACUGCUCCAGAACUGGUCCUUAGGAAAGUGAUCAACUUUGCUGACUGUACUGUGUGCUUGGACAAGAGGAACGCUAGUGGCAAGAUCGAGUUUUACCAGGACCCGCUGCUGUACAAAUGCUCCUUCAGAACACGUCUCCAUUUUACCUACGACAACAUCAAUUCCAAGAUCCCAUCUGUGAUCAAAAUCCAGACCAUGGUGGAGAGCCUGAAGUUGUCCAUUACUGAUCAGCAGCUACCCAUGUUUAUCCGCAUUUUAGAGCUGAUUAUUGCCCUCUACUAUGGGGAAAUCGGAGGACACAAAGAAGGAGAGGGAGAAGAGGGCAGUGGUCAUGUCAGGGAGGCUGGAACAAGUUUAUCUGGGAUGGAUGUGGAUAUGGAGAGCCAGGGGACUAGCCAGUACUCCAGUCAAGACUUCUAUAUGCAGUCUGGGAAUCCUGAAGAGGCAGACCAGGGUUGGGUGUCCUGGGCUUGGUCCUUCGUCCCAGCCAUCGUAGGCACAGAGGAGGAAGGAGAGGAAGGCCUCUACCAGCAGAGAGAGACAGGAGGCAUUCCCAACAGCCCCCAACAACACACACCCAAGGACCCCAUCGUUUCUAUAGGCUUCUACUGCACUAAAGCUUCUGUUACCUUUAAGCUGACAGAGACCCAGUCCGAGAGCAGCUACUACAGUCCUCAGAAGGUCAAGUCAAGAGAGGUCCUGUGCCUGGAGCAAGAGGGAAUCACUAUUGAGGUGCUGAUGAUGGGGGAGCCCUUCUUCGAUUGUCAGAUUGGCUUUGUGGGCUGCCGGGCACUCUGCCUGAAAGGCAUCAUGGGAGUACGGGAUUUUGAAGAAAACAUGAACCGACGUGAAGAGGAUGCAGUGUUCUUCAGCUGUGGGGACAGCCUAAGCAGUAAAGGAAUGACCUAUCUUACCAACUCUCUGUUUGACUACCGCAGUCCAGAAAACAAUGGAGUCAGGGCUGAGUUCAUCUUGGAUGCCGCUAAUCACAAGGAGACCUACACGGAGAUAGCGGGCAUGCAGCGCUUUGGUGCUUUCUACAUGGAUUACCUCUACACAAUGGAGAACAGCAACGACAAAGACUCUCAGGACUUCUCAGUGGUGAGUAUGGAGGAGGUGGUGCCUGCUGUCCAAGAGACGUCCAUCAAGAGGUUGGUUGUUGGACCUCUGGACGUAAGGUUGCACAGCAGCGCUGUCCACCGCAUCCUCAAGAUGGUCACCUGUGCCAUGGACCAUGAGUACGAGCCCUACUGCAAACCACAGCGAGAAAUGGUUGAGGAGAGCCAUGGUCCAGCCACUCCAGAAGAGAUAUCAAGCCUAGAGGAAUUCAUCCCAACCAGACUCACUUGUCUCACUCUGCUCCAAGUCUCAGUCACUGUCUCUAUGGCAGAGUUCAACCUCCUUCACACACUAAUGCCUGUCAUCAUGGGAAGCAAGGCUGCACCAGGGCCCGUCAACGUAUCAGUGUUUCAGCCGGUGCGCCCUCUACCCUCUGUGAAGUUCCAGGUGGAGAGGGUGAAUAUUGAACACUCAGUGCCCAUGUAUGCUCCAGAGCUGGUCAGCACUGUCAGCAGUCUCAGCCAGCCUUCUGACAACCUGUUACAUCACUGCUAUGCACACCUCUACCUCAAGGUGUUUGGGUUCCAGGCAGGCUUGACAUGCCAGGACAGUACAGGGGGUUUCCUGCCUCUCAUUCCCAUUAUCCCCUCCUUCAGCACUGCACUCUAUGGGAAGCUGAUUCAGAUGCCUGCAUACUGGAGCAAAAGGUCUUCGGUCCUCACCACAGAGUGUAUUUUUGAACUUCCUCACUUCACUGUGCAGGCUACAAGGGCUCAGACACUUUUGCUCCAAGCGAUCUGCCAGAGCUGGACCCACAGCGUGGUGUCCGGAGCCCCAUUGACACUCAGCGAAAAUCUGCUCAAUGAGGUUUACAAAGCUCCAGGUGUGAAAUCUCCUGGCCCGUCACCGACUCUCGAGGGCUCGGUCCAAAACCUGGAGCUGAAGUUCUGCAGCCGUGCGACGGUGAAAUGCGCCUCAGGAACCGUGGGAGCUGUAAAAGUGUGUGCCAGGACCCCAGGUUCAGGAGAGGGGGUUAAGGAGAAGCUAGUUCCUCUGAUCCAAGGCCCAUCUGACACCAAAGAACUUCAUAUGAGCCGCUGGCUUAAUGAGAUCCGCAAGCCUGAAUCUCUUCUGGCCCCUGACCUGCUGGCGUUUUCUGUUCAGGUCCCUCAGCAAGGAGACGAUUGCAGGAACUCAGGUGCAGUCCUGCUGGUCAGUGUCCAGGGCAUAGCUGUCAACGUGGACCCAGUCUUCUGCACAUGGCUGCUGUACCAGCCUCACCGAGGGAGCAGCAGACAACAGCAACAGACUCCAGGUCCAGUUCCUCUGGCUAAGAGGAGAGAUGAUGAGGUGUCGGUGGGAAGCACACCACUGGCCAAACAGCCCUCCAAUCAAGCCUCAGACUAUGCCAGCAGCCCUGUCAAAACCAAGACAGUGACAGAAUCACGUCCCCUUUCCAUCCCGAUGAAGGUGAUGCCCGACACCGCAGCAGUGGAGUCAUGGACAACUUCAGAGGAGAGAAUGAAGGAGCUAAUUGCCCAUGCCUGGGAUGCUGUUAAACGCCUUACUCUACAGUUGGAGGUGCAGCCAUGUUGUGUGUUCCUGCCCAAUGACAGCCUCCCCUCCCCAAGCACCAUCAUCUGCGGUGACAUUCCUGGCACCGUGCGUAGCUGGUACCACAACCAGGCCUCCAUGCCCGGGACUCUGGUAGUCUGCCUACCCCAGAUCAGUGUCCUCAGUGCCGGGCACAAGUACAUGGAACCGCUGCAGGAGCUUCCCUUUGUUGUCUCCAAGCCCAUCUUGGAGGAAGGUGAUGCCUUCCCGUGGACAAUAAGCCUGAGUCAGUUCAGUGUGUACACUCUGCUGGGGCAGCAGCGAAGCCUGAGCCUGCUGGAGCCUAUGGGCUGUACGUCCACACUGGCCGUCACAUCCCAUAAGCUGCAGAGCUGUUCUGAAGGAAGGCACUCCUUUGUAGUCUGCCUCCAUGUUGAUCUGCAGCCCGUCCACGUCAAGUGCUCCAACCCUCAGGUUCAGCUGUUGUACGAGCUCCUGCUCAGUUGGAGCUCUACGUGGGCUCGUCUCCAGAGGCAUGGCAUCCUGCGUCAGACUUCCAGUAUCCCAGAACCCCCAGCUGGUGCUGCUCCGUCCUCCCCAGUGCGCAGCAGUGCUGGCACCGCGCUGCCGGACACCAGCACCUGCAGCCCCUCUGCAGAUUUUGGCUCCCCCACCGAGGGUGACUCUGUGCCAGCCGGAGAUGACAGUCCAUUUGCUGACACUGUAACUCUGGAGCAGAAAACUAGCAGCAUUGGUGGCACCAGUGGGAAGGUCAGCCUUUGGAUGCAGUGGAUGUUACCCAAGGUCACUGUUAAACUGUUUGCUCCUGACCCAACUGCAAAAAAGACAGAAAUGUGCGUCAUCAGUGAACUUGAAGACCUGAGUGCCUCAGUAGAUGUCCAGGAUGUUUACACAAAGAUCAAAUGUAAAGUUGGCAGCUUCAACAUCGACCACUACAGAUGCAGUAUGGAGGAGGGUAUUCGGAGCUCGGGCAGCUGUGGAGGAGUGGUCCUGUCUUGCACUGACAAGCUGAACAGACGCACUGUGUUGGUUCGACCCGUCAGCAAGCAAGACUCUUUCAGCCACUUCUCUGGCUUUUUCCCUCCUACGGCAGCCAAGGUCCUGGAGGGCUCUCACCAGCAGCAUGGCUUCUUGUCCAUCACCUACACGCAGGCUGUCACCAAAAAUGUCCGUCACAAACUCACCACCCGGCCUGAAAGGCCAUCACGCAGCAGUGCUACUACUGCCAGUCAGCGGGUGACCACUGAUCCUCUAGCUGACAGUUCACCUCAGUACCUGAGAGAAAUCCUGCUGACAGCCCAGCCCUUUGAUGUGCUGCUGUCCUGUCCCUUACUGGCCACUGUUGCAGGAGUGUUUCAGGCAACAGUACCAAGACGCUACAGAGAGCGUGGGAAGUCAGCAGGCCAGCCAAUGAGAAGCCACACGCUGACGUCUCGGUGUUUGCCUCUCAUUUACAUCAACACCAGUGUGAUCAGAGUCUUCUGCCCUGGAACACAAGACAAACAUACAGCAUCAGCAGAUCCCCAUGUGAAAAAAGAAGACACCCUAGUCCUAAAGCUGGGUUCCCUCAGCAUGGCUCCUCAAGCUGAUAAUCCCCUGACCCGUACCGUGCUGCGAAAAGACAUCUACCAACGUGCAUUGAACCUCGGCAUCCUGCGUGACCCGGGUUCAGAGGUGGAGGACCGUCAGUACCAGAUUGACCUUCAGUCCAUCAACAUCGGCACAGCCCAGUGGGAGCAACUCAAGCCAGAGAAGGAGGGAAUCAAAGGAGGUGUAUCAGCGGAGAGUGAGAGGAGCUCCCAGAACCCCGCUCUGGAGUGGAACAUGGCCAGCAGUAUCAGGAGACACCAGGAGCGCCGGGCCAUCCUGACACCAAUCCUGACUGACUUCUCUGUUCGAGUGACUGCUGCCCCAGCCAUCAUCUUCAGCAAGAAUCUGUCCCCCGAAAGUGGACAGGCAGAGGAGGUAGUGGUGUGUGGCCACUCUCUGGAGGUGAACGUGACCAGCAGUCUGGAUUUCUACCUCAGCGUUGCCCAGGUGCAGCUUCUUCAGCAGCUUUUCAGAGACAACAUGGUGGGCAUGGACGCUCCUGAGAAAAGCACUGAGGUGCGUCGACAUGAGCAGAAGCGUGGCACUCGAGACACUGCAGCAGGCAUUGACUCUUCAUCUCGUCACAGUGGGACUGGGCAGGACAGCGGCUUUGGCAGCGACAGCGCUCGCAUCCGCAUUGUCCAAAUAGAACAGCAGAGCGGGACCAGCCACCACUGCAUUGCGAGGCCCUCCCACAAGUCCACCAUUACCAAGAACCUCAGCUUCAUCCCUUUCGACAUCUUUCUUACUGCUAGUAGACUGUCUGUCAUGACCUAUGCUUGCUCCAGUCCCCCAAAGGCCCUUCCCUCAUCAUCAGACACCCCCAGCACACCGGAGAAGACGGAGCCUGGGGAUAAGGUGGGAAAGAGUGCCCUCAACCAGCCUGAGAUCACAUCUGAGUCUCCUCCAGCCUCGACUUCUCCGACUCCAGACCCUGCUCCGUCGAGUUCCCUCGCCGGCCUGACUGCUGAAGACAUCCUCAACAGCAACACCUCCCAGCCGGCUUCCCCACUGCUGAGAGGCAGCCUGCUGUCCCUAGACGGCCUGCCCACUCCCAACCGCUCCUCAGCACGCCAAGCGCUGGGUGUGACUAUAGUGAGGCAGCCAGGGAGAAGAGGGACUGGAGACCAGGUGCUGGAACCCCUGCUCUACCUCCAGGUGAUGCAACCUUCUGCUCUGCUCAGCUGCCACCACCGCAAGCAGAGAAUGGAGCUGUCUGUGUUUGAUGUGGCCUUAAGAGGAGUAGCUUCUGACUACAAGUGCCUAGACCCAGGAAAGACUUUGCCAGAGUCUCUGGAUUACAAUGUGUUUUGGCUGCAGACAGUAGCAGGCGAAGUGGACAGUAAAACAGGCAUCCCUCCCCCUCUGCUCUGCCUCCAGAUCAAAGAUUUCCUCAAUGGACCAGCUGAGCUGAAUGUAGAGCUAUCACGGCCCCUGAAAAUCAACCCCACACUGGCAAAGUUGGAGCAGGCCAAAGCCUACCUGAAGAAAGUCCUACCAAACCAAACAUGGGACACCUCUAGUAAACCACCAUCCACUUAUUCCACCCCUCAUUCAUCCCCUAUGAAGACGCUACCCAAGGCCUUUCCACCCCGUGUAGACCCCCACCAUCAGACCCUGGGCCUGGGGAAAACUAGCAGCGUCAAGACCUUGGCAUUGUCCUUCCACAAGGUCUCUCUCCACACUGCCCAGAUUGUAGUAGUCAUGGAGACGGAGGCGCAUCCAAUGAGGCCCAGCGUGACAGUGUCAGUGUCAGCGAUGACUGGAAGUCUGAACAUGAAGUCGGGGCCAAGGAUAGAGGAUGGAGUUCAGGCUGCUUCUGUGCUGCUGGAGCUGCAAGAUGUGUUAGUGAGAACAGGGCUGAAGGAACGAAGCCGUCUUCUGCUGGGGCCGUUCUCCUGCAGCACCUCCCUGGAGGCUCGGUGGUGUCGGCACAGCGGUAGCCCUGGACCUGAGCCUGGCCCCCCUAAACUGCUGCUGGACCUGAAGGGAGGCCUGCUGCAGGUGUUUUGGGGCCAAGAACAUCUGAACUGCCUCAAGCUGGUGGAGGAGCACCUACAGGCAUAUCUCCACCUUCAGAAAGGGGAUUCAACUGAUAGCUUUUUGAAAGGCAAAGCCUGCCACACCCAACCACCUCCCUCCCCGGGUUCUCCCUCUCCUCGGACAGAGCACAGCUCUGAUGACCUGCGCACAGGACAUUUUCAGUACAUCCAGGACUCAGCUUCCCAGAGACAGCCAGGACCCCAUGAGGUGGUGUUCUACAGCGAGACAGAGGACAGCCCGGGGGUGAUGCUGUGGAGGUACCCUGAGCCACGUGUCCUUACCUUUGUCAGGAUAACCCCUGUCCCUUUCAACACCACAGAAGACCCGGAGAUCAGCACAGCCGACUUAGGGGACGCCUUACAGGUACCAUGCAGCCUGGAGUACUGGGACGAGCUCCAGCAGGCCUUUGUUCCAUAUCGGGAGUUCAGCCUGUCAGAGAGCAGUGCCUGCCAGCUGCAGCUGCCCAGCCUCAGCCUCACUGACCAGCAGAAGGAGCUGGUGGCCUCAGACCUGUGGAGAAUUGUACUCAAUAAUAAUGGAGAGGGAGGAGAUGAGCAGAGUUCGGAUAGUGAGUGUGGCUCCCAGCUGCCCUGUGAUCAGUUGGUAUCUCCAAUGGCAUUGGCAGCCUGCACCCGUGUAGACUCCUGCUUUGCACCCUGGUUUGUCCCUUCCCUGGGCGUGUCCCUGCAGGUAGCACAAAUGGAAGUUCACCUCUGCCACCAUCUAGAGCAGCUGGGCACAGUUCCAUCUCGACGACUUCGUCCCUUCCUGCCAGACAGGAAGUUGCCUCAGGAACAGGAGUUCAUGGUUAUUGGUGCCCGGGAGCCGCGGGUCUUCUUGCGCCAGUGGAGCAAUGGACCACGCCACUGUCAGGAGUUCAGCUUUUCCACCCAGCUGGACUGCAAGCUGCUGGAGUAUCGAAACCUAACACACCUUCAGCUCCUCCAGCCCUGUCUACUACAGGGCCAGGCUACAGCCACUUGCUGCCCCCAGAACACCAUGUUGGAUGCAAAUGUGUUCGUUGAUCCAGUGUUCCUCAAUAUCAGCCAAUAUGCCAUCCACACGCUGGACACUGCCCUGCACAGCUGGCAAAAGAAUGGGAACUUGGAGGCCGAGGAGCUAGUUUACAGCCACUAUGUGAUCUGUAACGAUACCCACGAGACACUGCGCUUUGGCCAGGUGGACACAGAUGAGAACGUGCUGCUGGCCAGCGUCCACAGCCACCAGUACAGCUGGAGAUCCCACAAGUCCCCUCAGCUGCUCCACAUCUGCAUCGAAGGUUGGGGGAACUGGCGCUGGUCGGAGGCCUUCAGCGUGGACAAUGUAGGGACUCUGCUGAGGACCAUUCAGUAUAAAGGACGCACCGCUUCACUCAUCAUCAAAGUGGUGCAGCUCAACGGUGUCCAGAAACAGGUAAUAAUAUGUGGGCGGCAGGUGAUGUGCAGCUACCUGACUCAGGACAUCGAGCUGCGGGUGGUACAGCACUACGUGGGGCCUGACAGUCAGACAGUUGUCAGAGAACACUGUGACUGCCUGGAGGCGGGGGAGAAGUUGCCUUCCUAUGUACUGGAGGACGCAGAGAUGACAGAGCUGUGUGUGAGGGCUCGAGGGGAUGAAGACUGGUCCCAGGAUGUUCAGCUGGAGAGGAGGGACAAGGGCAGCAGCAGCUCUGUUGUACAGGUGCCAUGUUCCAGUGGGUCUUUGCUCUACGUGUGGUGUACUCUUAUCACUAUUGAACCUGAUUCUCACAUACAACAGAGAGUGGUGGUUUUCAGUCCAUUGUUUGUCAUGAGAAGUCACUUGCCAGAUCCAGUAAUCGUCCACGUAGAGAAGAGGAGCCUCGGACUGAGAGAGGGCCAGCUGAUACAAGGACAGGGCCACCAGGAGCCCCUGUUAAACACUGAGGCUGACCUCACCCACCACCUCACUUUCCAGGCCAGGGAGGAUGAAGAUGCUUCCCACUGCGCUGUACCAAUCUCCACCAGCCUAAUCAAACAGAUAGUGAACAAGAGUGGAAAUGAGGACAACGUGGAACACAUCCUGGCCGACUUCUAUGGUCCGAAGACCUCCACUGAGCCACCGUGGCCUUAUGUCACCAAAGAUACUGACAGGUCAGUGCUGGAGCCCCUUGCCCAGUGGGACAGUCCCAUGCAGGUGAAGUUAUCCUGCUGGAAGUCUGGCCUGAACACCCUGCUGGUGGAGCUGCUGCCCUGGGCCUUGCUGGCCAACCACUCCCAAUGGGACCUUUGGCUUUUUGAGGGAGAGACCAUCGUUCUGCAGAUACCAGCUGGCAAGGUUAUUGUACCACCCAACUUCAAGGAAGCCUUCCAGAUUGGUAUCUACUGGGCUCACACUAACACCGUCCACAAGUCGACAGCACUGAAACUGGUCCACGACCUGACUUCUCCUCGAUGGAAAGAGGGCUCAGGCUCAGAGGUAGUCACUCUGGAUGAGGAGGGAUAUGUCGAAGCCGACAUCACCCUGGGAGCCUUCCCUGGCAAGCAGAAGCUGUGUCAGUUCUGCGUGUCGUCUGUGGUGAGACAUGGCAUCCAGAUCCUACAGAUAGAGGACAGAACAAUUCUAGUCAACAACACUCCUUACACAAUACAAUACAGGCCUCUGCUGACGGACCAUGCACUGGGAAAUGAUGACCAGACCUGUGACAUACCAGAGACAGCAGUUUUCACCCUGGUGCCCUGUGAAGAGUCAUCCCUGGCCAAACCCUGCUCAGUGCCAUGCUGGGACCUCCUCCAAACCAGUGAGCAGGGAAAGGUGGGGUUCCCUCUGCCGCUCAAACACAUGCUCUUCAGCUCAUUUCCCAGGCCUGAUGCCGGAGUUGGAUCUACAGCAUGGAGCCUCCCUGCUCCCAUCCGACCAGACUUCCCUAGGCAGAGUUUAUCGGUUCCUGGGGAACCAGACUCUGGGGGUGGCCUGAGCAGCAGAGCAAUAGUACUGACGUAUCAGGAGCACCUUGGGGUGACAUAUAUCACUCUGAAUGAGGACCCCUGUCCUCGGAUGCUGAUCCACAACAAAUGUCCUAUCCCACUGCUGCUUAAGGAAAAUGUCAAAGAAACUCCAAGGACUGAGGUACACUGUCGUCCUCUGCCUGCUAAUUGCUCCCUGCAUCAUGAGCUCUACCACCACUUCUCCAGUUUCCCUGACUGCAGGCAGAGAGAGGUGCUGCCCACGCUGCUGCUGAAAACCACCUCAGACCACAGCACUACAGACUGGACUGACAGCAUAGAUAUCAACUGCCCCGGCACUCAGGUGGUGUUCCUGCCAGGCUUUGGCUGUCUCUACAUAGACGUUGUGUAUGAGAGAGGAACACUGAUUCUGUCUCUGGCACCAGAGGGUAGCGUGGAUGCAGUAAUCAGCCAGCACAGCAGGUCUACCAAGCUGUCCUUUAGAGUCCUCCUGAGUGAGGCCAGCGUGGUGUUGAGUGAUGACAUCACCAGCCCCUCUGGUUCUGUGGAGCUGCUGAGACUCACGUUAACCAAACUGCUGCUCAGCCUGUCUCCAGCACCCACCUUCCUGCCCCCAGAGCUGACCAUUGACCCUGGAGUGGGUGCAGCACCCAUUUCUGCUCUUAUGCCUGGCGCCUCCCUGAUCGAAGUAUACUGCUCCAGUCUGCAAGUGGACAACCAGCUGUAUAACCGAGCCAGCUUCCACUUCCCCGUGCUGCUCUGCCAGGAGCAGAGAGGAGGAGCUGAGCCCGGGGUUCAGUGGAGCAGCGAUGCCAACCCCUCUGAGUCUCCUGAACUCCUGGAAGAGUUUAAACACUCUUGUUUCCUCCAGCUGAGGAUAACACUGGCUGGAGACAGAUGCACUGUGGAGGAGGUCAGCUUCCAGCUCCAGCCUGCCAGAGUCUACCUCGAAGACACCUUUGUUUACUACAUUAAGACCCUGUUCCACACCUACAUCCCUGACACUGCCCUGGCCUCAGCCACAGCAGAGACCCAGAGGAGUAGAGAGCCUGGAUCAGCUCCCAUUCUCCCCGAGCAGGUUCUUCAGUCGAUACAGGCGUUGGUCCACCCUGUGAGGCUGCAGAGGCUGACCAUCCAACCGGUCAACCUGCUGGUCAGCAUCCAUGCCUCCCUGAAGCUGUACAUUGCUUCAGACCACACUCCUCUCGCUUUCUCCCUGUUCGAGCGAGGGCCGCUCUGCACCACAGCCAGACAACUGGUCCACGCUCUGGCCAUGCACUAUGCUGCUGGAGCCCUCUUCAGAGCCGGCUGGGUGGUGGGGUCUUUGGAGAUCCUGGGCAGUCCUGCCAGCCUGGUACGGAGCAUCGGUAACGGCGUAUCCGACUUCUUCCGCCUGCCAUAUGAGGGUCUGACUCGUGGACCCGGAGCCUUCGUCAGUGGGGUCUCCAGAGGGACCACCUCCUUUGUCAAACAUAUCUCAAAAGGCACCCUGACAUCAAUCACCAACUUAGCAACAAGCCUGGCCAGGAACAUGGACCGUCUGUCUCUGGAUGAGGAGCACUACACCAGGCAGGAGGAGUGGAGACGGCAGCUACCAGAGAGCCUCGGGGAUGGACUGAGGCAGGGACUGUCACGACUCGGCAUUAGCUUGUUAGGAGCGAUAGCAGGCAUCGUAGACCAGCCCAUGCAGAACUUCCAAAGGAACUGGGAGUUGCAGAGCUCAGCUGGUAGCAAAGCCAAAGGGGUCAUCUCUGGAGUGGGGAAAGGCAUCGUGGGGGUUUUCACGAAGCCCAUCGGAGGAGCAGCCGAGCUGGUGUCCCAAACUGGAUACGGGAUCCUCCACGGAGCAGGACUAUGGCAGCUUCCUAAACAACUGUACCUGCCUACAGAGGAGAAGUCUGCUCAGGCCCUCAACAGCCACCUUAAAUAUGUCUGGAAGAUGCUCCAGUCUCUGGGGCGGCCAGAGCUCCACAUGGCCCUGGAGGUGACCAUAGUGAGCGGGUCGGGUCAGGAGCAUGCCGGAUGUCUGCUGCUCACCUCUGAGGUGCUGUUUGUGGUCAGCCUCAGUGAGGACACCCAGCAGCAGGCCUUCCCCAUCACUGAGGUGGAGUGUCAGCAGGAGCCAGAACAGCAGGGCCACCUCACCCUCACAUUACAGCAGCAGACAGUAGCCAGUGACACAGAGGGUGACGGCGUUCGUGAGCGUCUGUCGGAGCAGCAGUAUCGGCGGCUGGUGGAUUACGUGAUGCGAGCCUCCCAGUUUCUUUCCCCCUCCACUGCCUCCCUCCAGCUGCAGCCCCCAGUGACGCUAGCCGAGCCUCCGCCCUCUGUCACCAAGUCUUACUGCUACCUGGUAGAUCCCGCCUUCGCCAAGGUGUUUGUCAGCAAGUUCAUAAUGGUGAAGAAUAAAGCCUUACGCAUCGGAUUCCACUAAUACACAGUAACACACAUCUGUGACUCUGAGACUGAUAGAUAUGACGAAAUCAGCUUUAUGCUACGAAAAACAAAGUUUUUGUUCCAAUUUAAAUUAAGCCUUAAAAAAAAUCUUGGGAUACACUGAACUCUGGCUUUUAAAAGAUAACUACCCAUUUAUGCAAAACAUACCUGUUGAGGUAAAAGAACAGUUUCAUAUAUUUAAGUCAUCCAUGCCUUAGGGACGUAGAGAAUUCUUAUGAACUGCCUUUGAAAGAUAUAUUUUCUACUGAAACAACAAACUCAUCAUAGAAAAGAGAUUAGAAUUCAUUUUAAUCAUAGGAACACACGCAAGUUUAUACAUUUCAGUUAGCGCAUACUGUAGUAAACACUAAAACAUGUAAGAGUUGUCAACCUACUUGGACCAAGUGUUUUCUCUUUUAACUUAAAAUGAGGGCUCAUUCAGUCAGUGUGAAACGUUUUCAGUGUUGCAGACAGAAAUACAAAGUACAGAACCAACAGUAGUUACACAGAUCUCUUACAUUUCUAUCACAACAGUCUGUAAUGUUUCACUUUGCAGAAUAAGCUCUCAGUGUUUACAUUAUCCAUGUAGUGAGUGUGUCUCAUCCCAGUGUUAAGUGCAAUAUUAUAUACAUGUUGAUGGAUGCUAGAGAUACCAGCUGUCAACCAAAAUGUUUUUAUAGAUGAUGUAACAUACUUGUUUCACAAUAACACUGUUCUUUGUAACCUUAUAUUGAUGCCAACCCUCAUGAUGCAAACAUAUUGUUAUUGUUGCCUUUUAUAUUGUUGUAACACUGAGCUCUAUGUAAGAUUUAAGUCCAAUGCAUUUAUUGUAAAUGGAUAAUAUAUUAAUAGAGAACCCUUUUAAUAAAAAAAUAUUAAAAAUGA